GAAGACGAAUGCCGUAAAUUAGUCUGUAAGGCUGUGGAAGCUGGAAUGCAUGGGGAUGACAUGUCUGGGAAUGCUUAUAACCUUGCAAUCUUCACUAAAAAUGGUAAAAAGAUGGAAGGGCCAUUUGUUCCAGCAUUUUCAAAGCGUAGCGAAUUGGACGGAAAAUAUAUUUUUGAAAUUGGAACUACGUUUGAAAAUUUUUUUUGAAAAUUUUUUUCAAAGGCCUCGCUCCAAAAAAUGGGUCGAGUUAUAUAUCAUUCGAUUCCUCUCGUCGAGCUGACAAUGAGUCGAAUGGUGCCAAGGGCAUAGAUGGCCGAUUUCAGUGGGGGCUAAAAUUGGACGUGCGCUAAAAUACGCACGAAAAUUUUGGCGUUUCGUGCGUAAAUUUUUUAGACGUACAGGAUACAAUAUUUUUCCAUUUAGGGCUGGGCCCAUAAGCUCCCUCUGGCUACGGCCUUGAAUGGUACCAUUCUUUAAGGAGGGAAUGACUGUGGUUUUGAAUAGAUUAAAGGAGAUUUGAGUGGAUUAAGGAGGGAUAAUGGGGAUUAAAAGGACAGAGAUAUUAGAGGAUUCAGGUGAGAUAAUAUUAUUUUGGGGAUUAUGAGGAAUGAGGAGUUUAACGGAGAUUAGGGG